CAACUUAUUAUUUUGAUUUCAAUAUUUCAUUGAAUACCCAUCUUGAUUUAAUUCGGUACUAUUGGGAAACGAUUGUUUAGAAAGCAAGGAGACUCAUGUUCAGUUGCUGAUUUGGUGCCCUAGCCCUAGACUUAUCUUCCUUCGUAAAUCUGUAAAUCCUGAUAGUUUCUUCUAAAUCUCCAUAGCCAUCCAGGACCUUGACCAAUUUCGUGCACUUUUUUUGACUCUUUACAACCUUUCAUCUUUUAUUUCCUUCCCCUCCUCCGCCUCCCCACCAGAUACCAAAGAGGGUCUGCGUCUGUGUGUGAGAAUAGAUAAGGAAUGAUAUACAUCCUAGGGUUCUUAAUUUUUUUGUGUGCGGAUGAAUCGAAAUCUUGUAUGUUAGAACGCGUUUAUGUUUGAUCGGUCGUUUGCUGAUGGUGAAACCUAAGAAGGAACGAUUUUUUAAAGAGGUUUAUAAUGCCACUGAGAUCAUUUGAUUCCCAAGGUGUUUUUCAAGUUGAUAAAGGAGUUAGGAGGCCUUUCUGUAUCAAAAGCUUAAUUUGAAAGCGGAGUGUGUUGCAUGUUAAGUUAGAUCUGAUGGAAAAGGCUGAUGAAAUAUCUGAUAAACUUGAUCGGGAACCAAUUAAUGAUGUUACAAUUGGUAAGAAUAGAACUUCCGAGAACAAACAGCGUACAACUAGUGAAACAAGCAACUUAGAGAGUGUGAGUUCAAGUUAUAGCACUGAAAAUGCUGAAAGUAAAGUUAAUAUGAAGAUUAGUGAUACAAAGAAGUUCAACUAUCCUAAUGGUUUAGAACAUCGUGAUGAACCAAACAUGUUGUCUGGCUCUGUUAUUCAGAACACAGUGCCUUCUUCAUCAACUUCCAUUGAUGUAGAAAAAUCUUCACACAGCUCUGAUGAACAUGAGAAUAUUAAGGUUAGUGUAGGCAAUCAAAAGGAUAUAGUGACUCAAACCCAAAAGAAAGAAGUGGGAACUAACAACGAUGAUGGUAACUUACCCGAAGAUCCUUUAAAAGAACAAGGGGUUGAAGAAGAAAAGGUCGAAAAUGCCCCUGCUGCAGUAAACGUAAAGGAUUCAUCUGCAGAUGACAGUGAUGAAUCAGAUGUUGUGGAACAUGAUGUCAAAGUGUGUGAUAUAUGUGGAGAUGCAGGCCGAGAGGAUUUACUUGCUAUAUGUUGUAGAUGCAUUGAUGGUGCUGAACACACCUAUUGCAUGAAGAAAAUGAUAGAUCAAGUUCCUGAAGGUGAUUGGUUAUGUGAAGAGUGCAAAUUGAGUGAAGAAAAUAAACGCACAAACUCUUCUGGUCAAACAGAUACAGAACCUGCUUCCACCUUUAUCAAACCAGGAUCAAAACGUCCAGCUGGCGAAGAACCUAGGGCUAGUAAAGAUCAAAUCAAAGUAUCUGGAAAAAGACGUUUAGAAGAAUCAGAGUCUUUUACAUCUGUUAAAAAACAGGCUCUUGAAAUGAUCACAGGUUCACCAAGAACAUCCAGUCCCAGUAGACUACAUGCAGUUACUGAUAGUCCACGCUUACAAUCUUCAAAAGGUGCUUUCUUCAAGUCAAAUUCAUUCAAUUUCUCGAAUGCAAAAUCCAAGACAAGACUUGUAGAUGAAAUUGUUCUUCAAAGGCAGAAAUCUAUCAAAGAACGUGACUCUCAUGAUUCCAGAGAGAUGGGAAAAUCAACAUCUUUUAGAUCUACAAACACAGGGCGUUUUGGUACAAGUGGUUCUAAAGUUAAAAUGUUAUCUCCAAAUCCGUCUCAUGUUCCAGAUCUUAAGAGUUUAAAAAACAAAAAAGAAAGGAGUUUUGAAAGGAGCAAUUCAAUUAAAUUACCAUCCGUGAGUAAUUUAAGUACUUCCAGUUCUUCUGGUUUGACUCCAAAAGUUGAUAAAUCACAAGUAUCUUCCCCUGGGGUUGGAACUGCAUCUAGUGGGAAUGGAAUCACCAAUUCUAUGGAACCAAAGCCUGUUGUUUUGAAGGAUGAAAAUACAUCAAAACAAGUAGUAAAUAAGGAAUCAACAAAUCUUGCUGAUGGUGUGAAGGAAAGUAGUAAUAGUACGGGUUUGACCCCUGGGACAUCUGGUUAUAAACAUACGGGUCAUUCUGCACAAACUCACACAGCUGAUAAAGUACAAGUUUCUAAUGCAUCGGGUGUUAGGAAUACAAAAGAGGUGAAAAACAGAGAUAACAAGUUAAAGGAUGCAAUUGAAGCAGCAUUGCUUAAGAAGCCCGGAUUAGUUAGAAAGAAUAGAGUUUCUGAUCAGUCUGAUGAAUCACCUGCAGAGGUGUUGACUGAUUGUCAAGGUCAACUUUCACGAAGUUCCAGUGUUGACCAUUCUAAACAGUCAAACGGUAACAAUUUAAAGCAUUUUGAAGGAAAGCAUUCAACAAUGGAGCUAUCUAGCUAUGAUCCUGUGUCAAUGUCUUCUUCACUUUUGAAAGUUCCAGCUAUUCCUGAUCACGAAUACAUCUGGCAGGGUAGUUUUGAGAUUAAUAGAAGUGGUAAAACAGCUGAAUUCUGGGAUGGGUUACAAGCUCAUUUGUCAACCUGUGCAUCGCCUAAAGUGUUUGAAGCUGUGAACAACCUUCCCCACAAAAUUCAUCUAAAUGGGGUGUCUCGCAUUAGUGCUUGGCCAGAGCAAUUUGAAAAUAGUGGUGUAAAGGAGGACAACAUUGCACUCUAUUUCUUUGCUAAAGAUGUGGAGAGCUAUGAGAAGAGCUACCAGGUUUUGCUGGAUGAUAUGAUCAGGGGUGAUUUAGCUCUGAUUGGAAGUAUCAAUGGGGUGGAGCUCCUGAUAUUCCCAUCCAAUCAGCUUCCAGAGAAAAGCCAUCGUUGGAAUAUGUUAUUCUUCCUUUGGGGUGUGUUUAGAGGAAAGAAGAAGAAAGCUGAUCAUCCUGCAAAAAAUGUUGCUUCUUCCAUCCCAGCUGAUAAAAUCUCAACGGUUGAGGAUGUGCCUUUGCCUUUGCCUGGGUCUAUGGACAAGGAUAAACAUGUUGAUUUGGAGUCAAAGGUCAACUUAAAGCUGCCAACCUCUUCUUCAUCUUCACAGGAAAAGGCGACCAUUGAUAGCACUGUUAAUGUAGUUCCAGCAGAGACUGUCUCUUUCAAACCCGACAUCAAUGAAACUCUAUCCAUGUCAAUGUCAGUGUCGUCAAAUAAAACUGAUGAUAGUCAACAUCCAGUAGUCAAGUACACUAGAAAUCCAAAGGUGGAACAGAUACAAUCAUCAUUUCUGCCACAAGUUCCAACCCAGGAGCUAAUCGAAUCCAAAAAACGUGCGUUUAUCGACCUCUCAGAAGACGAUGAUGACAUCACCACCACCACGACCAAUCAAAAUCAAACAAACACGUGGCGUGAUGCAAGCACUCGAAUCACCAUGACAGAAAGCAAGAAACAAAAGAGCGAUGCUGCUGAUACAUAUGAGAUGCAAAAUAAUAUUAAUUCAGCAUUUUCUCCGGAUACGGAUAGGGUUGGGCUUGGUUUGGAUUUGAAUGAAGAUAUAAUGACGAAAAAGGACGAUGAUGAUAUGGAUGAUGACAUGUCGUCUUCUUUAUCACUUUCUCUUGCGUUUUCACCUGGAAAGAUUUCAAAGGAUGAGGGUAACAACAACAACCGUCAUUCUACAACACCUCCUUCCAUGCUUCUUUUUAGGGACAUAGUAGACGACAUGAGGUGA